ACCGACCGCUUGUUCCGUGGGAGGCACCUUUAGUAGAUGAAAAGCAUUUGGCUUAAAAUAGAAGAGAGGGCAGGUACUGUUAGAGCCUAAGCCUUUGCAGCAGUUUAGUAGGUGCGAGAGAACCGAUACACCUGUUUUCUCCAGCUCAGUUCUCUUUCUCUAGCAGUUCUAUUUGAAUGUUUUCUAUCUACUCGUACUCAUUUUUACUCCUUCUGACCCUUCCUUUGUAUUUCCCCUUUCUCUGCCUUGUUCUUCUCUUUCAGUUUUGAAUAUACUAACAUUGAAUCAGCACUUCUAAAGCCCUGCCUUCUCCCACUGGCUGCACUUGGCCUUCAGACAUAAUGAGGAGACUGGCUUUUCGAGGCGCUGGUUGUGCUCUGGUAAAGCUGGUAAAUCACUGAUCAUCUACACUCUCUCCCUUUUCUGUUCUCCUUGCCUUUCAACUUCCACCUUUAAUUUUUGUUAUCCUUUCCAUAAAAAUUCCCUUCUCGUGUUCAUCACAUUCCACCUGUGCCCUUGUUAACAACGGGCUGGUUUUUAGUUUCGUUGUCUUAAUGAGUUGAAAAGCCAGUUCGCCAGCCUUUAUAAAACAAACACAAAUCAAUAAAACUUGGCUGCCCUUGGUCUAAGUCCUCUGAAGAUUUUAGUCAGUUUUAGCAAACUGAAAACUACUAUGCUGUGUAACAAACCAAAGCCGAGAAGAUGGCAGCAUCAUCAGGGUAGAUUAUUUUUAAACACCCUGUGAACUUGAAUUCCGAGGAGGAGAUAGGAGUCUCCUCUUGUUUCUUAGUUGCUUAGCAAAAUUUUUGCAUGUUUUGCACCUGCUUUCAGCUCCCAGGAGAUCCCCACCUCAAAGUUAGAUCCCCCACCUCUUCUGCCCAUACUGCUGGCAACCAGUGCUCUACUGUUCCCAUUCUUUUGGCUGCUGGUGUCUUAGGGAAGUUGAAUGUCAAUUGGAUCUGAGUUUUUUCUCUUUGCUUUAGAAAAAGAUCCUUGAAAUCACAAUAUACUGUUAGGUCCUGUUGUUAAAUUAUAAACACUGUGGGACUUUUCUUGGGUAUAUAAGCAUACCCUUCCCCUCUGUCUGUAGCAGAUGAUUUGACUUGUGGUUGCAUUUCUUGUGUCAUAGCCAAGUGCAUACACUUGUAAAGUUGCCUUAAGGCUAGUUACUCAGCAGCCAGCCCCAAACUGAGAGCACAGAGAAAUUGUAAUAAAAACUAAAAAGUACCCAUAGUUAGAAUGAAAAAAAAAAAAAAAAAACCCAGUGCAGCUUAGUAAGUUACAUGUGUGAGGAAUCAGUGCCUUUGUAGCAAGGUUCAUUACUUCAGCCACAGGAAAACUCAACCCCAAGUUCUAAGCAUAGAAUAUAGACACAAAUACAUAUCCCAUUUUUGUUGUCUUAUUCUGCCCUACUUGAUAAAAGUAAUCUGUCUUAAAUUUGUUUUGCUUGUAUGGUUUCUAGUUCUGAUUUUGAAGGUUGCUAUAGAUAAGGACCUUUAAUAAAAAAUGUUCAGUCUAUUAAUUUUGUCUUUUUAUUUUGGUGGUCUUAGAAGAUAUGUUAUUGUUUUAAAUUUUUAUUGGGGUAAAAGUAAGAUGUUUUAUUUCAAUAGUUAGUAGUUAUUUAAGUCACUAUGUAGAAAGCUGAUAAUGUUAAAGCUAAAUUGCCCUAUAUGUGCUGAACUCCCACAUUUUAUUUUCACCAACCAAGCCGGCAUAGUUACCAUGAUAUAUUCUUGCAUUCCUGAAGUGCCUUUUAUGCUUGAGAAUUUAAGGUGCACUUUACAGAUACCAGCAUUGUGGUUGGCACUUUUUCACACACUUUUCCUGUAGCUAUUUCUAGAAUUAGGAAGAGGACAGUCAGAAGGAAGACGGUGCACAAAUAUUUAAAUGCUUCUGAAAGGCCAGGCAAGGCCUAAAAGCUUACCUCUGGGGUGCUCUUCCAGAUCACCUACUAGGACUGGAAGCUCUGAUUUCAAAAUUCAUGGGGAUAGAGUACCUCACAAAACUGAAAAAGAGGUCCAUUGUCUAACAGAAGAAUUCCAAAGCACAGCUUCACUAUUUCUGUAUGUGGCAUAUGGCAAGUCACAUUAAGUGUUUUUCAGGGGUGUGUCUUGUGAAUCUUGCUUUAAUGAAUGGAAAAAAUUAAUUUUCACUGUAUUAAUUUUACGGUGCAUCUAAAAUGCUAGAAGGUUAAAUAUUCUCUGUCCCUUUUUUUAUACUAUUCAUUUGCCCCAGGCACUGCUUCCUACCGUUUUCUACACCAUAGCCCAUCUGGAAAAUGAUAAGUGUAAGGUACACUGGGGAAACCAGAUGAGGCUGCCAGCUCCAUAAUGAGUGACUGCCUUGGGGCCUCUGUCCCCCAAGCCUGCCUGGCUGUCUCAGGGACUGAGAGACCAACACCUUGUAUCGCUGCACAUGGGUUGGGAAACUAGUCCAAGGUGAAUUUAGGGUCAGAAGUGGUUCAGUCAUUCAAAGUUGGAGGUAUACACAUGAGUAUACUUUUGCUGAAUUUGUCCCAUGAAAAGGGAAGAGGCUAGAGGAGUGAGGUCCAGGACUUACCAUUGGAGAAACUUACAGCUAGUUAAACUUCUUUCAGCCAGAAGCGUGGUGGUAGGUGAUCAGCUGAAUUUGGUGGCAGAGUCUAAAUUUAAAAAUAAGAACAUGACUAAUUAUUUCUUACAGAAGAAGUUGGAUUCCAUGGGUUCCAAGAGAAGAAGAGCUACCUCCCCUUCCAGUAGCGUCAGCGGGGACUUUGAUGACGGGCACCAUUCUGUGUCCACACCAGGCCCAAGCAGGAAAAGAAGGAGACUCUCCAAUCUUCCAACUGUAGAUCCUAUUGCUGUGUGCCAUGAACUCUACAACACCAUCCGCGACUAUAAGGAUGAGCAGGGCCGGCUCCUCUGUGAGCUCUUCAUUAGGGCACCAAAACGAAGAAAUCAACCAGAUUAUUAUGAAGUGGUUUCUCAACCCAUUGACUUGAUGAAAAUCCAGCAGAAACUAAAAAUGGAAGAGUAUGAUGAUGUUAACCUGCUGACUGCUGACUUCCAGCUGCUUUUUAACAAUGCAAAGGCCUAUUAUAAGCCAGAUUCUCCUGAAUAUAAAGCUGCUUGCAAGCUCUGGGAUUUGUACCUUCGAACAAGAAAUGAAUUUGUUCAGAAAGGAGAAGCAGACGAUGAAGAUGAUGAUGAAGAUGGGCAAGACAAUCAAGGGGCAGUGACUGAUGGAUCAUCUCCAAGUUACUUGAAGGAGAUCCUGGAGCAGCUUCUUGAAGCCAUAGUUGUAGCCACAAAUCCAUCAGGACAUCUUAUUAGUGAACUUUUUCAGAAACUGCCUUCUAAAGUGCAAUAUCCAGACUAUUAUGCAAUAAUUAAGGAGCCUAUAGAUCUGAAGACCAUUGCCCAGAGGAUACAGAACGGAAGCUACAAAAGUAUUCAUGCAAUGGCCAAAGACAUAGAUCUCCUAGCAAAAAAUGCCAAAACCUAUAAUGAGCCUGGUUCCCAAGUGUUCAAGGAUGCAAAUUCAAUUAAAAAAAUAUUUUAUAUGAAAAAGGCAGAAAUUGAACAUCAUGAAAUGGCUAAGUCAAGCCUUAGAAUAAGAACUGCAUCAAAUUUGGCUGCAGCCAGGCUGACCGGUUCUUCACAUGGUAAAGGCAGCCUUAGUGAAGAGAGAAAUUCCACUAGCAAGUAUUACCGUAAUAAAAGAGCAGUCCAAGGGGGUCGUUUAUCAGCAAUUACCAUGGCACUUCAGUAUGGCUCAGAAAGUGAAGAGGAUGCUGCUUUAGCUGCUGCACGUUAUGAAGAAGGAGAAUCAGAAGCAGAGAGCAUUACUUCCUUUAUGGAUGUUUCAAAUCCUUUUUAUCAGCUUUAUGACACAGUUAGGAGCUGUCGGAAUAACCAGGGGCAGCUAAUAGCUGAACCUUUUUUCCAUUUGCCUUCAAAGAAAAAAUAUCCUGAUUAUUAUCAGCAAAUUAAAUUGCCCAUAUCACUACAACAGAUCAGAACCAAGUUAAAGAACCAAGAAUAUGAAACGUUAGAUCAUUUGGAGUGUGAUCUGAAUUUAAUGUUUGAAAAUGCCAAACGCUAUAACGUUCCCAAUUCAGCCAUCUACAAGCGAGUUCUAAAGUUGCAGCAAGUCAUGCAGGCAAAAAAGAAAGAGCUUGCCAGGAGAGAUGACAUCGAGGAUGGAGACAGCAUGAUCUCUUCAGCCACCUCUGAUACCGGUAGUGCCAAAAGGAAAAGGAACAUUCAUGACAGUGAGACGUUGGGUCUCAGGAGGCUAUCCAGUAAAAAGAACAUAAGAAAGCAGCGAAUGAAAAUCUUAUUCAAUGUUGUUCUUGAAGCUCGAGAACCUGGUUCAGGCAGAAGACUUUGUGAUUUAUUUAUGGUUAAACCAUCCAAAAAGGAUUAUCCUGAUUAUUAUAAAAUCAUCUUGGAGCCAAUGGACUUGAAAAUAAUUGAGCAUAACAUUCGCAAUGACAAAUAUGCAGGGGAAGAGGGAAUGAUAGAAGACAUGAAGUUGAUGUUCCGGAAUGCCAGGCACUACAACGAGGAGGGCUCCCAGGUAUACAACGAUGCACACAUCCUGGAGAAGUUGCUCAAGGAUAAAAGGAAAGAGCUAGGCCCGCUGCCUGAUGAGGAUGACGUGGCUUCUCCCAAACUCAAGCUGAGUAGGAAGAGUGGCAUUUCUCCUAAGAAGUCAAAAUACAUGACUCCAAUGCAGCAGAAAUUAAAUGAAGUCUAUGAGGCUGUAAAGAACUAUACUGAUAAAAGGGGUCGCCGCCUCAGUGCCAUAUUUCUGAGGCUUCCCUCCAGAUCCGAGCUGCCUGACUACUAUCUGACCAUCAAAAAGCCCAUGGACAUGGAAAAAAUUCGAAGCCACAUGAUGGCCAACAAGUACCAAGAUAUAGACUCUAUGGUUGAGGACUUUGUCAUGAUGUUUAACAAUGCCUGUACAUACAAUGAGCCUGAGUCCCUGAUCUACAAAGAUGCACUUGUCCUACACAAAGUCCUGCUUGAAACUCGCAGAGACCUUGAGGGAGAUGAGGACUCUCAUGUCCCGAAUGUGACCUUGCUGAUUCAGGAACUUAUCCACAAUCUUUUUGUGUCAGUCAUGAGUCAUCAGGAUGAUGAGGGGAGAUGCUACAGUGAUUCCUUAGCAGAAAUUCCUGCUGUGGAUCCCAGCUUUCCAAACAAACCUCCCCUUAUUUUUGACAUAAUUAGGAAGAAUGUUGAAAAUAAUCGUUACCGGCGGCUUGACUUAUUUCAAGAGCAUAUGUUUGAAGUAUUGGAAAGGGCAAGAAGGAUGAACCGGACAGAUUCUGAAAUAUAUGAGGAUGCAGUAGAGCUUCAGCAGUUUUUUAUUAAAAUCCGUGAUGAACUCUGCAAAAAUGGAGAGAUCCUCCUUUCACCAGCACUCAGCUAUACCACAAAACAUUUGCAUAAUGAUGUGGAGAAAGAGAAAAAGGAAAAAUUACCAAAAGAAAUAGAGGAAGAUAAACUAAAACGAGAAGAAGAGAAAAGAGAAGCUGAAAAGAGUGAAGAUUCCUCAGGUGCUGCAGGCCUCUCAGGCUUACAUCGCACAUAUAGUCAGGACUGCAGCUUUAAGAACAGCAUGUACCAUGUCGGAGAUUACGUCUAUGUGGAACCUGCAGAGGCCAACCUACAGCCACAUAUCGUCUGUAUUGAGAGACUGUGGGAAGAUUCCACUGGUGAAAAAUGGUUGUAUGGCUGUUGGUUUUAUCGGCCAAAUGAAACUUUCCACCUGGCUACACGAAAAUUUCUAGAAAAAGAAGUUUUUAAGAGUGACUAUUACAAUAAAAUUCCCGUUAGUAAAAUUCUAGGCAAAUGCGUGGUCAUGUUUGUCAAGGAAUACUUUAAAUUAUGCCCAGAAAACUUUCGAGAUGAGGAUGUUUUUGUCUGUGAAUCACGAUAUUCUGCCAAAACCAAGUCUUUUAAGAAAAUUAAGCUAUGGACCAUGCCCAUCAGCUCGGUUAGGUUUGUCCCUCGGGAUGUGCCCCUGCCUGUAGUCCGAGUGGCCUCUGUAUUUGCAAAUACAGACAAAGGGGAUGAUGAGAAGAACACAGACAACUCAGAGGACAGCCGAGCCGAAGACAGUUUUAACUUGGAAAAGGAGAAAGAAGAUGUCCCUGUGGAAAUGUCUAAUGGUGAACCAGGUUGCCACUACUUUGAGCAGCUCCGUUACAAUGACAUGUGGCUGAAGGUUGGUGACUGUGUGUUUAUUAAGUCCCAUGGCCUGGUGCGCCCUCGCGUGGGCAGAAUUGAAAAGGUAUGGGUCCGAGAUGGAGCUGCAUAUUUUUAUGGCCCAAUCUUCAUUCACCCUGAAGAAACAGAGCAUGAGCCCACAAAAAUGUUCUACAAAAAAGAAGUGUUUCUGAGUAAUCUGGAAGAAACCUGCCCCAUGACAUGUAUUCUGGGAAAGUGUGCUGUGUUGUCAUUCAAGGACUUCCUCUCCUGCAGGCCAACUGAAAUACCAGAAAAUGACAUUCUGCUUUGUGAAAGCCGCUACAACGAGAGUGACAAGCAGAUGAAGAAAUUCAAGGGGCUGAAGAGGUUUUCACUGUCUGCUAAAGUGGUAGAUGAUGAAAUUUAUUACUUCAGGAAACCAAUUGUUCCUCAGAAGGAGCCCUCACCUUUGUUGGAAAAGAAGAUCCAGUUGCUAGAAGCUAAAUUUGCUGAGUUAGAAGGUGGAGAUGAUGAUAUUGAAGAGAUGGGAGAAGAGGAUAGUGAGGUUAUCGAACCUCCUUCUUUACCUCAACUUCAGACCCCUCUGGCCAGUGAACUAGACCUCAUGCCCUACACACCUCCACAGUCUACCCCAAAGUCUGCCAAGGGCAGUGCAAAGAAGGAAGGCUCCAAAAGGAAAAUCAACAUGAGUGGUUACAUCCUGUUCAGCAGUGAGAUGCGAGCUGUGAUCAAAGCUCAGCACCCAGACUACUCUUUUGGGGAGCUCAGCAGACUCGUGGGGACAGAAUGGAGAAACCUUGAGACAGCCAAGAAGGCAGAAUAUGAAGAGCGGGCAGCUAAAGUUGCUGAGCAGCAGGAGAGAGAGCGAGCAGCACAGCAACAGCAGCCGAGUGCUUCUCCCCGAGCAGGCACCCCUGUGGGGGCUCUCAUGGGGGUGGUGCCACCACCAACACCAAUGGGGAUGCUCAAUCAGCAGUUGACACCUGUUGCAGGCAUGAUGGGUGGCUAUCCGCCAGGCCUUCCACCUUUGCAGGGCCCAGUUGAUGGCCUUGUUAGCAUGGGCAGCAUGCAGCCACUUCACCCUGGGGGGCCUCCACCCCACCACCUUCCGCCAGGUGUACCUGGCCUCCCGGGCAUCCCACCACCGGGUGUGAUGCACCAAGGAGUGGCCCCUAUGGUAGGGACUCCAGCACCAGGUGGAAGUCCAUAUGGACAGCAGGUGGGAGUUUUGGGGCCUCCAGGGCAGCAGGCACCACCUCCAUAUCCCGGCCCCCAUCCAGCCGGCCCACCUGUUAUACAGCAGCCAACAACGCCCAUGUUUGUGGCUCCCCCACCGAAGACCCAGCGGCUUCUCCACUCAGAGGCCUAUCUGAAAUACAUUGAAGGGCUCAGUGCUGAGUCCAGCAGCAUUAGCAAAUGGGACCAGACCCUGGCAGCUAGAAGACGUGAUGUCCACUUGUCAAAAGAACAGGAGAGCCGCCUACCCUCUCACUGGCUGAAAAGUAAAGGGGCCCACACCACCAUGGCAGACGCCCUCUGGCGCCUUCGGGAUUUGAUGCUCCGAGACACCCUUAACAUUCGCCAAGCAUACAACCUAGAAAACGUUUAAUCUCAUCAAUUAACGUUUCUUUUAUAGAAGCAUAAAGAGUUUUGUGGAACAGUAGCCAUUUUAGUUACUGGGGGUGGGGGGGAGGAUCAAAGGAUGAUAAUUUUUAUUGCAUUUUAUUGUACAUCACAAGGCCAUUUUUAUAUAAGGACACUUUUAAUAAGCUAUUUCAAUUUGUUUUUGUUAUAUUAAGUUGACUUUACCAAAUACACAGAGAUUUUUUUUGCAUAUGUUUCCUUCGUUUAAAACCAGUUUCAUAAUUGGUUAUAUAUGUAGACUUGAAGUUUUAUCUUUUUACUUGUUGCCAUGGAACUGAAACCAUCAAAGGUUUUUUCUUGGCUGGGGGUUUUUGUUUCUUUUUUUUAUAAAAGAACAAACAAAAUGAAAAAAACACACACGACAGUUUACAGAUUAGUUUAAAUUGACGGUGAAAUGUGAAGUUGGUCCUAGUUUACAUCUGAGAGAGGGGAGUGUACUUGUGUCUGUUCCUGUGCCCGAAUAUCUUAAGCCGCUUUCCACAAAAGCUUUUCCUAACAGGUGAAGUGGAAGGUUGUUCCUUAGGUUGUAGCUGUUUGGCAGACACGGGACAGCUUGCCCUGUGGACCCUGAGGCACGCUGCAGGGGCCCGAAGUCAGUGCUGUGCACCCUUCUGCAGCCGCACCUUUCGGUCACCGGAGGGAAAGGCACGUCUUCCUGUGCUCCGUAAAACGUUUGUGGCGUCAGGGUUGCAGAAGAUGUGCACAGCCCUGAAUUGUGUUUAGUUUUGGCAGGUAAGUUUAAGGGUACUUUUGAUUUGUUUAUAAUGAGUUCACAGUUUAUGCCUAUUCAUGUUAAAUAAUUUAAAACUUUUAAAUUCGGUACGUUGGAAAACAUUGAAGUUCAUCUCGAAGAAAGCAUGGAGGUGUGCGUGCAUUUGAUUUCCUUCUGAGCAUAACAGCUGACCUAACAGAGGGAAGGGAGUGUGUCACCGGGUGUGAGCUGCAUCAGAAGCAUAGCUGUGAACGGCUAGAUCACUUGCGUAGGCAGAUGUUCUGUUAUUCUUUAUUUCCUCAUUAUCAGAUGUGGUAGUUUUUUUCUCCCAGUUUCAGGGUUGUAAUUCUCAACGGGAAAUUUAAGGCUUUCUAAAAUAUUUCAGAUGGAGCUUAUACUUUUGAAUUUCAGGAGAAAAGAAUCAAAAUUUAAGAAAAUGCUCACUAAAAAGACCAUUACAGAUCCCAAACCCUUGGGCUUGAGGACCCUCUUCUAUGACCCUAGAAUAAACAUUUGGAGGCAGUGUAUGACGCUCAGACAGGUAGAAAGCCUUCACCAGAGAACAUGACUUCACUUGGGGACUAUAGUUUUGAAACCUGCUUCAUCACAGCAGGGUGGUUGCCUUUGUGGUGGAGUUUCCAGUGCUGUUUGCAGGUUGAGAGUGACUCUGAGAGGCUAUCUUUUUUCUUUUAGUCUGGUAUGGAUCAGUACCUGGAUGUUUAAUUACCAUUCUUUAAAUCAUGAGGACAAGAGUAUGGAAAGGAGAAGAGUCUCUUGUGUCUAGAUACUUUAAGUACAGGAGGCCCUUGUAACUUAAUUGCCUGUAGUCAACCACUGGAUCUCAAUUUGCAUCAAGUAUUUUAAAUAAUUUUUUUUUAAUGUAUUGCAGUUGUAUGUCAGUACCUUAUUGUUAAAUUGAAUCAGAUCAAGAAAGCCUCAGUCCUUGUUCUUUGGGUCAUUGAUUCAUAUGGACUUUAUAUCACAAUCAGAUUCUUUUAUCUCUAGCCAUCCUUGAAUUACACCAAAGAACCUGAAAUUUAAUUUUGGUUAAGUUAUUUAUUUAUUUCAUGCAUUCAUUUUAUUUCCCUUUUUAAGGUCUGGGUGAGACUUCUUUCGGAAGCCUCUAAAAACUCUUCACUUUGGGCUACAUAGGGCAUUGGAAGCCAGAGCACUCCUCCUCCAGGCUCCCUGCUGGCACCAAGAGGUGCUGGAGGAAUCCUAGAUCCAGCCAGGGUGUCCCUGAGGCAGUGCAGAGCUGGGCCAGGGGCCACCAGGCAGGCCUUAAUCAAGUUUAAAAAAGAAAACAAAAAUAUAUAUAUAUAUGUAUUUAUUUUAGAAUCAUGUCUUUCUGUAUAUUAACUUGGAGUAUAUCAGUUAAUAUUUAGGAUACACAAUUGAAAAUCUGCCAUCUAGAAUUCCAUCCUUAACUCCAAAAAAGAAAAGGAGAAAAAAAAAAAUCCUAGCUUAAGAAAGUAAAAGUGAACUAUACAUCUUUUUUUCAUGAGUUUUUGGACCUGUAGUGAUGUGGCUUAGAAAGUAUAACUGCCUAAAUGUCUUCAAAAAUAUAAGUUCAUGUGGAGAUGUCUUUUGUUCAUGUGGGGGACAAACCUUUAGGUUUAAAAUGGUAUGUCUGUCAACCAACUAAUUUAAAAGGCCUUUUUUUUUUUUUUUUAAACCCACCCUUCCCUUCCUCUGAGGAAGAAUGGGGGGGGGGGACAUUUAUUUGUGUAAAAUCUCCAAGUUGGUAUUGAUGACUUUUCAGCUUGAACAUUUUCAGACCUGAUUAAAACUUGGUUUGUUCAAAUUUCUGUAUCAAAAAAGGUUUGAGUGGUAACCAGUCUUAUAACAUGUAUGUAUCAUAUGUUUGUUCAUCUAAAGCUUUUUAACCCAAAUAAAAAUGGAGUUUGCAAAGUGA